AGGACAGACCAAAUAUGUGCGUGUGCCAGGUGGUGGCAGCGAUGCUCCAAGACCAAACACAUCAGACGAAACAUCUUAUGACGGUUUGCUCUUGUUGGAGCAUAGCUACCAUCACUGACACAUAUUGGGUUGUGAAGAUGCUUCUGUCGCUAAACAUUUCGGGGUAAAAAGUACAAUUAAUUAAAAAUAUCAGGCAUAUAUGCAAAUAUUAAAACCAAAAAAAAUCGGAUUCUCCGACAUCGGAGAAGUAGCUCAGAGAGAACACCAACUCUGUUUUUUUUUCUCAAAUCAAUCCUCAAUUCGAAACCCUAACCAUCCAAUUUCUCGUCGAUUCAAUCGGAAGAAAUGAGCAGCGACGAUGGCACCGUGGAGAUCACCCACAAAACCAUCGGCCCAUCUCGUCCGUCUCGAAUUCGAGUGGCGUCUCGUAUCAAAGUUGGUGAUUUGAGGAAUGCGAUUGCGGAAAAGGGUCGGUUUCCAGUCGCGAAUUUGAGGAUGAUUCUCCGUGGAAAGGCAUUGCAAGACGAGGAAGAUGGAGAGGAUGUAUACGUCACGCUCAAGGACGAAGAUUCCUUGACUGUUGCUGUUAUACCAAAGCGACCAGUUGGAGUUGAGACAUACGAUGAUGAUGAUGAUGACGAGGAAUUGAAGUUUCAGCUCCCAGCAUCAGCAAACAGGUGGAAGAGGAAGCUCUACUACAUUCUCCGUAACAAGUUGAAGCUUCCCGAUAUCAUCCUUAUGGGACUUUUCUCUUUAAGCCUAAAGAUGUGGGCUAUUAUCACCUUGUGGUUUAUCUUGGCUCCUAUUGCUCAUCGUUGGGACCUCGGCCCUAUUUUUUUACUAGCGACUGGCUUCUCAAUCAUCUUGCUCAACCUUGGUAAACGACAACCUGGUGAUGUCAGUGCAUAUUCGAUAUUCAACGAGGACUUUAGAGAGCUUCCGGGUACAUAUAAUGCAGAGCGUAUAGACCGGGACAUACGAGCAGGCCAUAUAUAAUACGAUGCAAAGUUUUCAUCAAAGACUUCUUUAAGAUCAACAUCAGCGGUCGAACAAAACUUAUACCAAAAUAUGCAAGCGGAAGAAAAGAUCAGAUGUUUUUGUCCCAUCAGAUUGAGACAACACAAAGCAUGACAGUAAUUGUACAUGAGAGAUCUAAUUUUUAUAUUUUAUAAAAAUAUGUAUGAUAUCACACUUUUUGUCAUAUUGUUAUUAUGUGUGUGAAAAUAAGCUCUAGGCCAUCUUAGGUCCCAUCAAACUUGAUGAUUCUUACUUCGUAGGUGUUAUUAAUCCAGUAACCAAAUCUAUUUAUCUA